CGCGCGAAGCGCACGCCUCGCUCUGCAGCACGCACGCAGAUCCCUCCCAUCCCAUUCCUAGAAAAGGACAGAUUCCUUGUGCUCGAGGGACAUGGUGGCGAUCGAGGGCCAGAGUCCUGGGGAGGCGGCAUCAGCGGCAGCGGCAGCGGCGGCGGCGGCGGGGCGGAGCAUCCCCAAGGAGGCGGCGCGGCUGCUGCACGAGCUGGCGGCGGAGUGGGCGGAUGUGGCCGACUGCCGGGCGCUGGAGGUGGCGCCGCUCAAGGGCGCCAUGACCAACGAGGUGUACCAGGUGCGGUGGCUCGCCGCAGGGGCCGGGGCCGGGGCCGCGGGGGAGGAAGGAGGCGAGUACAGGAAGGUGCUGCUGCGGGUGUACGGGGAGGGCGUGGAGGUCUUCUUCGACAGGGAGGACGAGGUGCGCACCUUCGAGUGCAUGUCGCGGCACGGCCACGGCCCGCGCCUCCUCGGCCGCUUCCCCACCGGCCGCGUCGAGGAGUUCAUCCACGCCAGGACACUUUCAGCUGUUGACCUGCGUGAUCCAGAGAUUUCAUCUAUUAUAGCCUCCAAAUUGAGGGAAUUCCACAACCUUGACAUGCCAGGUCCAAAAUCGACCCUGCUGUGGGAUAGAUUGAGGAACUGGCUCAAAACUGCCAAGAGUGUGUGUCCCUCUGAUGAAGCCAAAGAGUUCUGCUUGGAUAGCAUGGAGGAGGAGAUUACUGCAUUGGAGAAUCUAUUUUCAGGGGAAGACCAUCGCAUAGGAUUUUGCCACAAUGAUCUCCAGUAUGGCAACAUCAUGAUUGAUGAGGAGACCAAAGCACUGACCAUCAUUGAUUACGAGUAUGCAAGUUUUAACCCAGUAGCCUAUGAUAUCGCGAACCAUUUCUGCGAGAUGGCUGCGGACUACCAUUCAGAAAAGCCUCACAUACUGGACUACACAAAAUAUCCAGAUAUCGAUGAACAGAAGAGGUUCGUGCAGACCUACCUGAACUCUUCAGGCGAGGAACCUGACGCAGAGAAGGUCAAUGACCUGAUGAAAUGUGUCGAGAAGCACACGCUUGCCAGCCAUCUCAUUUGGGGCCUCUGGGGAAUCAUCUCGGAGCACGUCAACGACAUCGACUUCGACUACAUGGAGUACGCUCGGCAGCGUUUCACCCAAUUUUGGCUGAAAGAACCCGCGAUCCUGGGUGGCUGCGAGGCCGAAUGAAUAUGUGAAGCCCCAGCGACAAUUGGAUGCCAUGCUGAGUUGGUGAACUCUGUCUUCAGGCUUGCUGCACAUUGUAUAGCUUGUAAUGCUGCUGACAUGCAUCGGCGUCCGUGCCUAGGAGGAUUCAAGGUUGGGGGAACCUAUAGAUGCAAGGGCCUUUUGCUGGUUUUUAGCUGUUCCGUUGUUCAUAGUAGUCCGGAGGCGCUUGUCGUGAGAUGAUGAUGUGAAGCUAGUGUGACAGUGUGUUGUGUGUUUUAAUGUCCAGUAAAGUGGUAGUUACUACCUGUAAUCAGGUAUUUGAUCAGGUUUAUAUAUUUGUACAGUUAUUGGUUGAUGAUAAAAAAAUAUCUGGGUAACAAAUAAUAUGAAUACUGGAAACGAUUUA